GAAGGGGAAGAAAGGAAGAACCGGUAAUUACCGGUUCCCGUAGCUGGAAGGAAACGGCUACUGGCAUCUCGCAAACCGACCAGGCAUGACAGAGUUUUCAAGUUCGUUAUUCUGAUUUUGUCUGGAGGAGAGGGGGAUGAAUAUUUGCGUAUGAGUUUGGUGAGAGCUUAGGUCUUCAAUUUGGGAUUCUUCUAGGGUUUUUAAUGGGUAGGGUUUUUCUGGUUGAAUUGGAAGGCAGGUCUUACCGAUGCCGCUUCUGUAAUAACAAUGUUGCUCUUGCCGAUGACGUCCUUUCUCGGACUUUCAAUUGCAGCCAAGGGAGGGCAUAUCUUUUCAGCAAUGUAGUGAAUAUAACAUCUGGUCCCAAGGAGGAGAGGUUGAUGCUUUCUGGUAUGCACACUGUGGAAGAUAUCUUUUGUUGCUGUUGCGGACAAAUUCUUGGAUGGAAAUAUGUAACUACACAUGACAAAUACCAAAAGUACAAGGAGGGGAAGUUUGUUCUUGAGAGAUGGAGAAUAGUUGAGGAGAUGAUGGAAGACUUAAAUGGAGAUGCUCAUCCUGGUUCAAGCGAUAUGGAAAAUCCUUAGUGAGUUUCUGCCAAAUUCUCUCAGAAUAAGGAAACUCUAGCGUACAUGUCCAAGUGUUGUAUGUAGAAAUAAUUCUAGAGUCUGUAAACUACUAUUAAACUGCAUGACCAUAAUCUAUAAUAUCAUAAGCUUUUUAUCGAA